AAUAACAGUUUGGAGAGAGCUGUUGAUUGGAUCUUUAGUCAUGCUGAAGAAAUGGAAACUGAUUCUGUUGCUGAAACAGAAGUGAAACCUCAUUUUCGGGAUGGAUCUGAAAGUAUGUAUUAG